AUGAACCCUCUCUCCGCCCUUCUCACCUUGAUGGCCGCCGCCGCCACGUCUGCCACGACCUACUGCGGCGACUCGGCUCUCAACCUCACCUCGUACAGCCCCGGCAAGGAGGCUAUCUUCCCCGUCUCGUCCGUGCUCGUCACGGGCCAGAAGGACGCGAUCCUCGUCAACGCGCAGUUUGGCAAGUCCCAGGCGCAGGCCGUCGUCGACCUCGUCAAGGCCAGCGGCAAGCACCUCACGACCAUCUACGUGAGCCACGGCGACCCCGACUACUACUUUGGUCUUGACACGAUCCACGCCGCGUUCCCGGACGCUGCCAUCGUGGCUACGGCGCCCGUCGUCGAGCACAUCAAGGAGACGGUCGCGGACAAGCUCAAGGCAUGGGCCGGUGCGCUUGGUGCGGACGCGCCGGCCACGACCAUCUUUCCGGAUAUCCGCGGCCCCGCGGCCCGCAGCUACGUCUGGAUCGAAGACCUCAAGGCCGUCGUCGGCGGUGUCUUGCUCGAAAACAACAUCCACGCGUUCAUGGCCGACACGCAGACGCCCGAGUCGCACACCGAGUGGCUCGACGCGUUGGCCGAGAUCCAGGCGCUCAAGCCCAGCGUCAUCGUGCCGGGCCACGCGAUCGUCGGUGAUGUCGCCGACAUUGACUCGCCCGCGUUCACGGCCAAGUACAUUCGCGACUUUGACGCUGCGACGGCUACGGCCAAGAACAGCACGGACCUCAUUGCGGCCAUGAAGGCGUUGUACCCCAAGGCCGGCAGCGUCAUCAGUCUCGAGAUCAGCGCGGAGGUCGCCAAGGGCGAGCGAACGUGGCCGUAA